AUGGUGGACUGGGCUAACGUUCGAUGGUGGGUGUCGUUUGCCACCUCCGAUCUUUUGGGGGGACUCAGUCCCGCUAAGGAUUGGCUCAAGCACAUGGUCCCUGUCCUCUGGCCCAAGGAUAAGGCCAAAGUCAAUCCUGAAUCAGCGGCCGAGCAGGGCACCCAGAUGAUUCGCCUCCUCGAGGACUUGGAGCCACUGCUGACCAAUGCCCGUGACCUCUGUUCCUCCCUGGAAGCACAGGGCACCCAAGCGAAAGAGCGGGUCGCCCUCGUGGACGCGUGGGAAAUCCGUUUGGACGAGCGGGAAAUCCGCUUGAACAAAUGGAGUGCCAGCGUGAAAGCGAGGGAGACCAGCUUGGACGCGCGGGAGGCCCUCGUUGCAGAAAGGGAGAACGAGGUCGGGGCACGGGAGGCAGCCUCCACCCUCGAGGAAGAGCGCAAUCUCAGGGUGCUCAACGACUUCCUCUCUGACAUCGAAGGGAUUCUUCGGGGUCCUGGAGAUCGCCCCUAG